AGGCGGCGGCGGCGGCGGCGGCGGCCAUGGAGGAGGCCACGACGGUGACGACCACGGAGGGCACCUUCUGCCUGCAGCAGAUUUCAGUAGCAGAAAGUUCUGAAGAUGACUACCAAUAUGAAGAGGUUCCAGCUGACGAUGAAUUUAGCCUGCAAGAUUGUGAUGAAGAUCUGGCAAAGGCUUUAUACACUAUACAGGAACAGGCUGUUGAUGCCCAAAUUAUGGCUCAGCGACCAGGUCAGAUUGCUAAACAUUCCUUGUCCGAAACACCAGAAGUUGUAGAUGACUUUCUUUGCAAUUUCCUGAUUAGAAUGGGGAUGAACAGGACACUAGACUGCUUUCAGACUGAAUGGUAUGAGCUAAUGCAGAGAGGUAUACUUGAACCUAAAGACAUUGGAUAUGUUCCAGAUGCAUACACCUGCAAUCAACAUUUGGAAAGGGAAAACAAGUAUCUCAAGAAGGAAAUGGAGAGCUAUAAAAUAGCAGCCAACAAAGCUAAGGAAGCACUGCUAAAACUGCAGAAAGAACGUGACUUCCAUCGAAUGCAUCAUAAACGAGUGGUGCAGGAAAAAAACAGGCUCAUUAAUGACAUUAAAAGACUGAAGACACAUUAUGCAUCAUAUGAGCCACUGUUAAAGCAGUUGAAUGAAAAAUAUGAGAUUCUACUGCGAGAGAAGAUGCUUACAAGCUUAGAAAGAGACAGAGUGGUUGGGCAGAUUACAGGUUUACAAGCCACUUUACGAAGCUUAGAGUCUGGAAGCUACAUUCAAAUUCCUGUCACUAAAGCCAGCCGUAAGGGUGAAAGAGAAGAUGGAUUACAGGGACCUUCCCAGAAAGCUCUCAGAGAAGCCAAGGAACAAAAAGGAUUUACUGGUGUUAAUCCUUAUGACUCAGCCAAAGAUCCAACAAAACAGAUGGGCAAGAGAUAUCCAAAGGAUUCAGAGUUUCCUGAAGAUAUUCAAGUGAAUCCUUACCUCGCUCGUGCAAAAGAAUGUUUGCGCCCACUAAAGUCUGGAAUGUACAGGUUGAGCAACACCUUGAAAGUACAUGACCUGGCAGUGAGCUGUUUGGCUUUACAUCCGAGGAAAGACAUUGUUGUUACUGGAAGUGAUGACCGCCUGUGGAAAAUGUGGGCCUUUCCCAAUGGGAACAUCAUCAUGAAGGGCGAAGGUCAUACUGAUUGGCUUUCUGGGUGCUGCUUCCAUCCAAGUGGAACAAAAUUGGUCACUUCCAGCGGAGAUGCAACUGUUCGGAUAUGGGACUUUGCAAAGGGUGGCUGCAUCCUGACUUUAGAAGGUCACAGCUAUGCGGCCUGGGACUGCUCCUGGCAUUCAUGUGGAGAUUUUGUGGCUUCUGCCUCUAUGGAUAAAACUAGCAAAAUAUGGGACCUGAACAGUGAGCGGUGCAGAUACACCUUUCGUGGCCAUAAGGAUUCAGUAAACAGCAUUGAAUUUCUUCCUUUCUCCAACAUCAUUCUCACCAGCUCUGCGGACAAGACAUUGUCUCUUUGGGACGCCAGAACAGGGCUGUGUGCUCAGACCUUCUGUGGUCACAUGCAUUCCUGCAACCAUGCCACAUUCAACAUGAAGGGCGAUACCAUUGUUUCCUGUGACUCUUAUGGAGUGUUGAAACUGUGGGACAUUCGGAGAGGUGUACCAAUGGUGUCAAUUGAUGCAGGCCCACAUCCUGGCAACCAAGUGGCCUUUGACCCAUCUGGUUGCAUUGUAGCUCUUGCAAGCAACGAUGGAACUGUUAAGACCUUAGAACUCAAAUCGGGUCAUCUGUCCAGCUUGUUGGGCCAUGAAGAUGAAGUUCAGAGCAUCGUUUUUGAUCACAAGGCAGAGCAUCUGGUCUCGGGUGGCUCGGAUGGUACCGUUCGCAUUUGGAACUGAGACACUUGUCCACUAUUUUAUUAAACCUCGCAGUCAUUUUCCUGCACCCUCCUAGCAGUGCCGGUGGCUUAAAAUGUAUUUCCAUUAUCUGAAAUAAAGCAAAGUUUUCAUAUCUUA